AUGAACGAAGAUUCACAAAAGUCAUCAGUGUCUCCUCAACCUUGGGGUGUCGGUUCGUGGAAAAGAAACACGAUGAACGAAGAUUCACAAAAGUCAUCAGUAUUUCCUCAACCCUGGGGUGUUGGUUCAUGGAAAAGAAACAUAAUGAAUGAAGAUUCAAAGAAGUCAUCAAUAUCUCCUCAACCUUGGGGAGUAGGUUCAUGGAAAAGAAAAACAAUGGUCAGUGAACAUGAGAAUUUAAGCUUGGAAGCAAUAUGCAAUGCUAAGGAAAAAUUUGUGGGAGAAGAUGACAAGUUUUGUGCAAAGUCUGUCGAAUCAUUACUUGAUUUCGUCAUUUCAAAGUUGGGAAAGGACAUUGAGGCACUCACAAGCUCCUCUGUGCCUCAUCAAACUCAAUACAAAAUAUUAGAGGGUGCACAAAGGGUUUCAAGUGAAGGAGUGAUGUGUCAUAAGUUGAAUUUUGAGAAGCCUGUAUUUUACUGUCAUCAAGUGAAUGCAACAAUCACUUACAUAGUUCCCAUGGAAGCUGCUGAUGGCACGACAACAAGCAUUGUGGCUCUUUGCCACCGUGAUACAAGAGGUUUGGAUCCCCAUAAGUUAUUUCAUCAACUCAAGGUCAAGCCAGGGACAGUGCCAGUCUGCCAUUUCUUGGGCUCAGGAGCUAUUGCUUGGGUUCCAAGAAACAAUGAGCUUAAGGCUGCUUACUAG